ACGCUGGAGGUACUUUUAUGAAUUUCAACGCGAAAAAACCGUUUUUCUCAAGAAGGAUUAUUUAUGUUUUUUUUUCGGUUUCUGUGUUGCUGGUGAAUUAAUUGAUUAUUUAAUUGAAUAAGUUAAAUCAAACUGUGCAGAAUAAAAAAUCGGGAAGAGGUGAAAAAGAAAUAAUCGCUGACAUUCGGUGCGAAUGGAUUAAUUACGAAAACUUUCUUGUUUUUGCGAACACUGAUUUAUCAAUCGCCUUCGAAGAGGUCUGCACAACAUAUCGAAUGUUGAUAUGGAAUGAGGAUAGUAAUCACGAACCAGCAGAGAAAAAAAACGAAAACUGAAACAGCGAGCCAACCAGUUAUAAAAUGGUGAUAACAGUAAUAUACGAUACCAUAAAAUUUUUAAAAAAAUAAUUAAACAAGUGGAAAAUAUAUAAUUUGUAGAGUAAGCGUUUGAACAAAAAAAAAGACAGAGAGGAAAAAAUAACGUAAAAGAAGUUAUAACGUGUGAACUCGAGUGAACGCUUAUUUCUGUAGUAAUUUCUUUUUUUCCACUUUUUCGUGUGUGAACUUUUUGCAAAAACAUUACACAGCGGAAAUACCUGCAGAGAGAGAGAAUUCUCGUUCAUGCUUCGGACGUAUAAACGUAAAGGAUCGCUCGUAUAUGUUCCGUGUAUGAUAGUGUUAAAGCUGUAAUAUGUGGCUCCCAAGGGUCGUAGAUUUACGAUUCCCAAUUCUCUGGUUGCUGAUAGCUGCAGAUAUAUCAUUGGGAUUACGUGACGUCCGUGUGACCGUACCGACCGCGGUAAAGAAAGGCGACGAUGCACAUCUAAUAUGUAAUUACGAUUUGGAGGGAGAUGCUCUUUAUUCCGUUAAAUGGUACAAAGGCCGUAGAGAAUUUUAUCGAUACACCCCGAAGGAGAAUCCUGCCAUGAAAAUAUUUCCUCUGCCAGGGAUUAGUGUAGAGCGCUUGCAUUCGAAUGGAAGUCACGUAUUAUUAACAACAGUUGAACCGAGCAUAUCUGGACGAUUCAGUUGCGAGGUGUCAGCUGAUUCCCCAUCGUUUCAUACAAUGAUUGUGUCCGGAGAAAUGGAAAUUGUUGAACUGCCAGAACAAAAGCCAACCAUAACAGGCAUACAUUCGCGUUAUCGACAAGGCGAUACUCUGCAAGGUAAUUGCACAUCCCACUAUUCCAAACCGGCGGCUAAUUUGACGUGGACGAUAAAUGAUGUGCCGGCCAAAUUGUCCAUGAUAAAACACUACGCUCCGAUGAAAGAUACGACUACGAAUUUAGAAUUAUCAGUGCAGGAAGUGAAUUUCCUCGUAACUUACUUACAUUUCAAUAACUCUCAAGGAAGACUAAAGUUAAAAUGUACAUCACGAAUUCACACCAUUUAUGAAACCAGCGUUGAAAAAUCAAUAGAAGAAGAUAGACCGAAAAUUCUGGCAUCUGGAACAUCUGGUCAUAAUAUGAAUUUGUACGGGCCGUACGAUCAACCGCCUCAAGACAAUGAACAAAUGAUGGAUCAAAACAAUCUUCAUCUCACACAUUAUAAAACAGACAUGGCGUCCUCUUCAUCACCAUUACUGUUGGCCAAAAGUUUCAGUUCAACUGCACUUUUUUUCUCAACGCUUGUUUUAUCGAUUGGCUUGUUGUUUGCUUUCAAAGUGGACAUCUCCUGAUAAUGGAUUGGCACAAUAAUAUGUGUUGAUGCUUUUUGAUAACAUAAAUUUAAUGGAUAAAAUUGGAAAAAGCUCUGUAAAUAAAUUGUUGUUUAUAUGAUAAGAAGAAAGAAAAAUGAAAAUGAGGUAGAAAAAAGUGAAAUAAAAUAAAAAUGAAUAAAAUGUUUAAUGUUUUUACUGUAUAAAUUCUAAGUGGUUAUAAAACAUUUAAAAACAAACAAAAAAAACAGUGCAUAACGAACGUUUACUCAAGUCGAUACGAUUACGUUUUAAUGGUAUGAACAUUCAUUAGAAAUUAUGUUUUCAAUUAGGAAAUUACGUAAACGACAAAAAAUUGAAUCAAAAUUUAAUUUAGAAAUAUUGUCUUCAACAAAAAAAAAACUUUUAUUUACAUUUCAAAGAGAACCUAUUAAACGGCGACUAUUCAAUCUGAGACUAGACAAACAUACGACGAACUGUGAGUCAAUAUUUUAAAUUGUUUAACUUAAAUUAGAGUUAAAUUCAUUUCUGCAAAGUCUGAUUUUAGCUUGGUGAAGCUCUAUUCAAAUUCAUGUCUUCCUCUAUAAUACUCGGUGUUUUCGCAGUUGAGUUUGUGCAUUUCCACAGGUAAAAGAUAUAUCUUAUAUAAGACAUUAUGUACUGUUGCUUUGUCUUCAAUAUUUAUUCCAUUGAAUUUUGUUUCAUAAAAAUUCUGAGGAUGGAGGUAAAAAAAAUGUCUUGUGAAAGUUAAAGAAAAAAGAAAGCAAAGGAAAGAAGGAAAAAAAAUGAACGAACGAAAUGGAAUUAAAUAAUUUCUUUUUUUUUUGUGUUUCAAAGUUUAUGAUAAAACAGUGAAAAAUAUAUAUGGGCUAUGCUAUUGUUUACCUAAAUUUGUUUCAGAAAAAUUUCACGUAGCUUCCGUGAAAAGUUUUCGAAUUCUUUUUUGUAUUUUCUUAUACAAGAACAUAGAAUGUUAAUGGUAAAAAUUUCUUCCACUUCAACUUCCUUUGUAAAACUCAUCAAGUACGCUCCGGUUGCAUAGAUUUUAAAAUGUGUCUAAGGUUUUUGUCAAUUUCGUAGUCACUCUUCUUAAUUAAAACGAUUGAAAUAUAAAACUGAGAGAAAAUGAUUGGGCCGCAAUCUUUGAAAAUGAAUAUUGUUGGUCCAUAUCGUAGAUGCAACCUACUGUCUCACUUAUAGAAAUACUGCUUGUUUUACCCGCAAGAAAAUCAUGAAUAACUUGAACAUUACUAAGCAACAAUAGGUGAAGCUGUUUUUAAAUUUUUAUUUUGUCUGUUUCAACUUCCGUUUAAUAAUUUUAUAGGGCACUUCAUGAAACUGUCAACUUCUGGGACACUUGGAUUUUUUAUAAGACAAUUUUGCUUGACGAAAAUUUUGUGUUUUUGUCAAGUUUUUUCUUAGUACCAGGCGACCAUAGCAAUGAAUUAGGCAUUUGAACAGAUUUUGUUUAGCGGAAAAUUGACACCUCGUCUCAUUCAUAAAAUUGUGACGCAGCAGCAUCAUACCAACCUUCCAAACUUAAUUUAUUAUUAUUGAUUUAUUAAUUUACAUGAGAAAGUUUGACAACUUAGUCGAAGAGGAACUAUAUUGCUUGGUUCAGUGCUAUGACGUGACCCGGAAGUUGACAGUUCGCAAUGUGAUCCAUAGUCAUUUUCGUAACAGGUCAUUCAACGCCUGUAGUGCUUUUAAGUAGAUUAUCACCUCAUCCCCGGAAAACAAGUUAUUUAUUGACAAGGGCGUUAAAUAGUCAUUUACAUCACCAGGACAAAGUCCGAAAGUACUUUUCGGAGUGACGUAUUCAGUUUUGUAUGCUUGCUAAGAGAACUGAACAUAGAAAAAUUGUCAAUUCGAGGGGCGAAAGUAAACUUUCGAGUGUUUUUAUUUUCGGUUCUCUUAGCAGACAUACAAAACUUAUAAGAAGUGCUACAUGAAAGUUGCGGUUUGCGAUGCAUGUUAAUGACGUUUCGCCUCGUCUUCCAUAUUCAUAUUUUUAUAAUUUAUGACUAAAAGGAGCACUAUGGUGCGUUGUCGUCAUAUAGCAAAAUAUUGUAUGUUGAAACGAGUGAAGUAGCUCCCAAAACACCCAAAAUAGCCUAAUUAAUAGAAGUAGCAGAUCUGAUGAUUUCAAGGGUCAAGCAAGUAAGUUGUUUUAUAAUAAUAUAAGCGCAGUGAAGAUGAACAUAACCAAUUGCGCUUUAUUAGAACUAGAUGUUUGCACCGGGUCGUGAUUUACGUGGUGUUAGGCCAAGUGAAAAAAGUAUUCGAAGAAUAAAACAUUUUGGGAAGUACACACGAAAAUUAAUACUUAUGAGGAAUUUUAAUGGGCUUCGGUUACAAUACCACGUCGAUCACAAGCCGGUGUUCCCCUCAACUUGGAACAAAGUUGCUCUUUUUUUUAAGCGCAGCAAUUGGUUUCAACUGAAAAGGAACGGUUAGAGAUAUUGUACUGAAGAUUUUACCAAAAUUUUGUAAUAGGGUAGUGAAACGAACAACAAAAAGAGAAAUGGUUUGAACAGAAACAUUACCCUCAACCACAUAGAAAUAAUACAAAAUUAUUGUAAAACUAUAAUAAAGCGUGCUUCCAAUCUAUACUGACUUACUGAAUAACCAAAAACAAAAAAUUAAUUGAGAAAAACUGAGCAAAAAGAAGAAGUAGAGAGAAAGAUUUAUAAUUUACCUGUAAAUGAAGUGGCAUACAAUUUUAUGGAAGUGUUUUGUAAUAAUUUUAGGUCAAAAUGUAAAUAGGACAAUGGUUUUUAACUGUAAGAAGUGAAAGUCAAUGUAUUGCUAUAGAUGUGUGACUGUUUUCAUUUAUUAAACAAAAAUAAUUUAAAAAAUAUAUAAAAACUGCCAAAUCGAUGGAUAAAACGAUAAGUAAUCUACCAGUAAUAUAAAAAACACAAAAAUAUUAUUACUAACAACUACAUGUAACUUCCAACAAUGUAAAUUUAUUUAAUUCAAACUGCAACCGGCCGGCAUGGCAUUACUUACAAAAUUAUGAAAAAAAAAUUGCUGGUUCAUUAACGAUUUCAAAUGGGAGUACUUAAAUGUACACACAAUAAACCGUAAUUGCAAAUCGAUCCAUGAAUACCAGAAAUAUCCAUGUGAAAAUGAUUACAGUUUAAGUCAGGCGUAUUCUGUUUUUUUGAGGGUAAGAAUUAUUCUUCGAUGUAUUCUAAUGGAGGGAAGCAACUGCUGAAAGAAUAAGGAAAGAAAACCGUUGGUAUCGAAUCUGGUAACAAUCGCAUUCACACAUGUUGUCAUUUUAAGAAAAUAUAACUUUUCCCUAUUUUACAUUGUUAAUGCAAAAUGGAAAAGUGUUUAGAUUUGUAUAAAGAGAGGGUUGUGAUUUUGUUUUUUUGCUAUAUUUUGGUGCCGCAUUCAGAUUUAUUCGGAAGAUUUAGAAAAGAAGAGGUCUACCGAUUUCCAUAAGAUAAAAACGAUACCGGUUAUGUUAAUGUUAUGAAUAACUUUGCUGUUUGUGGAAAUGUAAAUUGGCUGAGGAAUGGUCGGUGUGAACUCUUAUAGCACAACAAUAUGGAAUUUGGAGAUUUGUGUUUACAUUUUAAUUCCAUAAGCUAUCUUUGUUCUCUUAUUCAGGCUGCACUGUUUUAGAAAGGAAGCUCUACCUGUGACAGACGGCUUUAUCAUCUGACCUAAUGUAGCAAAAUGUACUAUGUUAAAAGUAAUGAAGUAAAAGAUUGUGUGUUGAUCCAUUGGAAAUACUUAAGAGUACAUUCGUCGUCUGUUAGAAACCAUCAUAACGUACGUAGUUUUGCUUGGAUUUUUUUUCGUUUUCACAUCCGCUUCCAACAUUUCCAAGGAUAAUUACGUGAGGAUUUUACCAAUAUUUUCAUCAAUUUGGUACCAAUUUAGACUUUAUUCAGCGAUUUAUUGGUAAGAGGCAAAUAUUAUUGGUACACCGGAAAAAAGUAAUCACUCGAGUAUAAUUUAACUCAUGACUAAGCCAGUGAAAACAAUAAUAUUCAAGCAAUUUCGUACAACAUUUUACUCUUUUGUUGGGGUGCAGCUGUUAUGACAAAGGGUUCCGACGAGUAAAAUGACUUUUCACUCAAUGGCGAAAAGUGCGAUAGUGCUUCAUCACACUUUCGAUGCCCUGCCUUGUCGUUAAAAAUAUUGGGUGAAAGUCGGCAAAAAAGUGAAAAUUGUUUCUUGUGUCUUAUUGUAACACCCGGUUUCGGCUCGACCUACGAUUUACACUCGAAUUGCAAUUUUCCACUUUAAAUCAUUCGUCGCAUAAAUAACUAUUUUGAAACUAUUCGAAUAAUUCGAUAUUGAAAUGAAUUGAAACCGCAUUUUUCUAUUACAAUUGAAAGCAUUCAUUAGCAAUUACAAAUAAAUUAUUGCAAAAUUGUUAUAAUGUAAAUAC